GGAGUGAAGCCUCUUUGCCAGUAGUAUCUCUAACCUAUGAACCCCUGAGUGUGCCAGUCCUCCGCCAUAUUGACUGUUGUCUUGACUGGAUGAGAUAGAGAACAUUUUGAGGUCCGGGAAGAAACAAAAGUGUGCUCUCCAAAUCAUCAAAACUGGUGCAAACUUGGCCAAAGCGUAUUAUAAACACCACCGUAAUGGCAAGGAAGAAAAGCAAGCAGCAAGGGGUCGCCCAGAAGGAGCUUGCGCCUGGACAGCAGACCGUAACGUUGCCGAAGAGCCCAGUCUCUCCCGGCGAUGCAGCUGACGGUGGCGGCGGAGAUGCUGGGCUGGAUAGGCUGGUCACUACCAGGGCGAACCAGCCUAUGCACACGUGCUGCCUCCUGUGCCACAGAGAAUUUAAGGACUGGGGAGCAAACUCGGUGAACGGACUCCCUGGGGGCCAUGGGACCAAGCUGGCUGACGCAGUGCCUGCGCUCUCCCAGGCCUUAUUGCGGGAGGCGCCAGGGCGUAAGCUUGCUGAUGCAGUGCCCUCGCUGUCUCAGUCCCUGCUUGGUGAGGUGCCUCUGUGGAUAUGCCAGAGCUGCUGCAAGAGUGUGGAAGAGGAGGAGAGGCGGAGCACCCAGGAGCAAUCCACGCCGCUACCAUUGUCGCACUCUUCCUCCUGUAAGUCGCAGAGCUGUGGGAACGGUUACCCGGAGCAAAGUACUGUGGAUUGGGACCCGAGUUCCUUCCUGUCGGCCCACAAACUGUCAGGUCUCUGGAACUCUGCCCACACCAACGGAGGGGAACACUGCAACCACAACACUUCUUCACACUUACAACAAGGUUUAACACCAGGAUCAGUCUGUCAUGAGAAAAGAGGUCUUCAUGAAGCGCCUGGGAAAUCUGCUAAAACAUCGGUGACCAAAGUCUGUCCCUACAGUCACCCAUCCUCCCAGAAUUCCAGUGGAUCUUCUGCUGGGAACCCCCUGUCUACCUCAGCAGACCUUUGUAAGACCACUCCCAAGCACUUCAAGACCAUGUGCCGUCGACCAACGCCACCAGGUGAAGCCUUCCACCCCAGUGACCACCAUCAACACACAGACUUGUCGGUACCCCCCAACAGUCCCACCGGGCUGUCCUCCCAGCAUUCCUCCCUCCUGCCCCCAAAGCCUAACUCUGGGCAACACGGCCAUGUAACCUCCUCGUCUGGCACCGGUGUGGCAGCCCACUCUCCCUUCCCCCCGCUGGUCCCAAACCUCCACGGCCCUACAGCCAAACUCAGUUCUCCCAGUCCAGACAGCCCAACAUCUGUCCAUAAGCCCAGCCCGUGCAAAAACUCCCACAUUCCUGCCGUGAACACACAACACGGCAAACUGGGCACGUCUAUCAUGGGCUGUAACCACCCUUGUAAUGGACACAGUGCGGGAACAGUGGCCACUUCAAAUGUGGGGGGCCAUCUGACAGCUGGGGUCUGCAGGGACCAGGCAUGUAAGGGGCACAAAAUGACUAAUGGGACGUUGUGCCACCCUCCGUCUGAGCUGGAAGAGGGGGAGGAUGAAGACAGCAGCUCUGAGAGGAGCUCCUGCGCCUCCUCUUCCACCAACCAGAAGGACGGGAAGUACUGCGACUGCUGCUACUGCGAGUUCUUCGGACACAAUGCGCCUCCAGCCGCACCGACCAGCCGUAACUACGCUGAGAUCCGAGAGAAGCUCCGCUCACGUCUGACCCGGCGUAAGGAGGAGCUGCCUCAGCGCCAAGAUUCAGAUCUGACGGGGACUGGUGCCAUCGACAACCGGGACGUAGAUGAGCUGCUAGACUUCAUAAACAGUUCUGAGCCCAAACCUGUCAACAGUGCCAAGGCCGCCAAAAGGGCCCGACACAAACAAAAGAAAAAGGAAAAAGCUCAGCAGGGCAUGGGUGCUGCAGGCAGCGACCCCCACUCCAAUCUGUCUGAGCCUAUCGACGACGAGCCCAUCCCUGACGGUCCAGAAGCCAGUCGCUUGCUCGACUGGCCUCAGCUGGAGCUUGAGCGAGUCAACAGUUUCCUCACUAGUCGGCUCGAAGAGAUUAAAAACACCAUCAAAGACUCAAUCCGGGCCUCAUUUAGCAUGUACGACCUCAAUCUGGAUGUUAAUGACUUCCCAAAGAAGGCAGCCACACUGGAGGGCAACCAUUUACUGUCCCAUCUCAAUGGCUCCUCUGACCUGCAGCAGAUAGACCUUGACUUGGCCCCUCUUUCACUGGGAACCUUUAAGAACCACCUGGACCUGGUAAAUGGAUGGGAGGACACAACCACCAUCUCGUCCCCUAAUGCCACCAGCACGGCAUCGGGGCUCACUGCUGGGUCCAAGGACAUCCAGCGGUUGCACACUACCCCCAGUCUCUCAAAGCUCAUAAGGGUUCGGUCGCCAGAAAGAUGCACUUCCACUGGAUCGGACAGUUUGCCACAGGUGCCAGCCCACGCUACAGCUAAAUCGAACGAGGAUGCCCCUGAUCCCAAGAACACAACACUUGGGAACAGCGGUGCAAAGUCUAAGAAGAAUAAAAAGCAGCAGCAAAGACUGGAGCAAUCUGUGUCCGAGCAGAAUUCCAACAAACCAACCAAAGCUGACACCCAGAAAGGCUACGAGUGUAGAGACACGUCUUCUAACGGCGCAAAAUCUGGGAACAAACAGCCCCAGCACUCUGCAGACAACCAGAGAAAUGGGCCAAAGAAAGCUGAGGAGGGCAGAUCAUCUAAACAUGCAACAAACGGUGGCCUUUCAAAUUCGCAAAGAGGGAAAGGUGACACAGAAACACGAGGAGGUCGAUCUGAGCAGGAUUUGGAAAGCAAAGCUCAUCCCACUUUCGCAGCAAAUGGGCAGCAACAGCAGCAAGCCAAGGGGAAAAAUAAGAAGAACAAGAACAAGGGUGAAAAAUCCAGCAGUGCUAUUGAUGAUGUAUUUCUCCCUAAAGAUGUGGAUCCAACAGAAAUGGAUGAGAUUGAUCGGGAAGUGGAAUACUUCAAAAGGUUUUGUCUUGAUUCUGCAAAACAGACUCGCCAGAAGGUAGCAGUGAAUUGGUCUAACUUCAGCCUCAAAAAGGUUCCUUCCAAUGCAGCUCAAUAACUUGGACGAGUGCCAGAAAUCCAACCACACACCACAAACUCUUUCAGUAGAGUCCCGUUUGGCCUGAGGCCUUCUCUCAUUCCCUGUUUUCUUAUCUUCCUUACUAAGCCAAGGGACCCUGGUUCAAAUAUCAUACUCUCCAUCAGAGGACUGAAACAUAACUUGUGGCUGACAAGCCAGGGAUCAUUUUCAAGGCCAACUCUACCCUUUGCUAUUAUCGCAAUGUCCACUAAAUGAGCGAUGCAAAAAUGGAAAAAAAAGUCUGUUGAAUCCACUGCAUCCAUGUGCUUACGUAUGUAGUAUGUAAACAAUUACCUUAUAUGAAAUAAAUGUUUUUAUCACAAAUCUGA